AUGAUUAGGAUAUUUUCAGUGCCGAAGCUGUUGCAACAGCGCGACGCCACGACGCCGACGCCGACGCUGCAGUUCCAGGCGCCGUUCGCCAAUGCGACGAUGCAGUCCCUCUGGCCCUACAACACGUACCGGCCCGUCACCUGGGACCGCUACUACGUCAACGACCACUAUGAAAGUGAGUGAAAAUCCGAAGAAAAUCGUUUUGAGGAUAGUUCAUUCAUGAGCAAGUUAGGGUGUUUAAAGGUGUUAGAUUUCAUAAAGGUUUCAGAAGUUUGAUAGAAAUUGAAGAAAGUCGGCUGACUCUAAGAAUAGUUCAUUCAUAAGCGAUUCAGAGUUUUUAAUUACGCAUAGGUGGAUCUUAGGUAGGGAAGAAGUGAAAAUUUUCUAUUUUCAGGUUUUUUAUUUAUGAGUUUUUUGUGGGUGUUUAAAAGCGUAUAGGAUGAUUUAGAACUUGCAAACGAAAAACAGAAAUAUGAUAAAUUUUGAGAAUAGCCCAUUCAUAAGCGUGGUAGGGGUUUUAAAUUUUGAGAAUAGUUCAUUCAUAAGCGUGGUAGGGGUUUUAAAGGCGCAUAUGUCCAAAAUAUUGUAGCAAAAUGGAAAAAAAGAUGAAUUAGUAGGUUUUAAACUUACGAAGCUUUGGUUAGUUCAUGUAUAAGAGAUAAGGUGUUUUUUUAAAAGCAUAAAUUUCGGAUUUUUAUGAAGGUUUCAAGGCGAACAGCUUUUUUUCAGAUUUGAAAAAUUUGAAAAUUACAUAUCUUAAUGUAGAAUUAUAUAAAAAAAUUUCAAAAACUUGUCAUUUUUUUCCUCUCUCAAACUCAAACUGAACGCAUAAUUGGCUGAAAAAAAGAUUAUUGAAUAAUUUGAUACCUAACUAAUGAGUCACCAGUGCCACGUCAAAUAGCAUUAUGCGGAUGAAAAGGAAGUAUUUUCUGGAAAUUUUUUUCAUUCUCUAAACGACAUAAAAUAUACGUUCAGAAUGAGAAAAGAAAUCAGAAUAGGUUUAUAAAAGUAAAAAUAAGUUCUUUCUUUUCGAAUUAUCUCCCAGACAUCAAUUGAUUCAUUGUUGGCUCGGGCAAAUGUUUGAGAGCUUUUUUUUUUCAAUUCUCAAGAAAAUGAGAUAAGUUCACUCUUUAUGCUUUUUUUGAGAUAAGCUAGCGACUGAAUCGAGUAUAAAUAGCAGCUCAAUGGAGCUUUUAUCUUUUCCCGACAAUACUCUUCAUGAACUUUGCCCAUGCUCCUUUAAAUAUUCUCAAUAGAAAUUACGUCAAUGAACUUUUAUCAGGUAGACAUUCUUCUUUUUCUAGGAUGUUUUUCGGGUUGGUAGAGUCGUAAAUAAAAGCUGUAAAAGGUCGGAGACGGGUUCAAGUGGCCGCUUAAGGACUUAUUUUUCAAAAAGUUUAUACUGACAGCUGCAUAUUACCACUUGAAAAGAUCUAUAAUUAAAAAAAACUUUUUUUCAGAACACGUGAACGUAAGCAGCGGUGUUGCCGCGGGCAUCACCGUCGGCAUAUUUUUCGUCGUUUUCGUUCUUACUUUCGGAUGCCGGAUAUACAGCCAGUAUAUCGAUCGAGAUCAGUCUUCAGCCAACCAGAAUAGUGGUUCGUUUUUUUCAGUGCUUCAGAGAACUAGAAUUGAAGAAAAGAAUUCAAAUCGGGAGAAGUGAGAGAUCAAAGCCAACCUAGAGAGACGCCAGAGAACUAGAGACCUUUUUUCUCUGGCUUCUCUCCGCCUCUAUUGCUCUCUCGCUUCAAAUCAUUUUGAGCUCAAAAUUUUAAUUAUCUCAGAUCAAAAUGUCGACUUUUUCAGAAUCAAUGAUGAGCGAGUCACUGGCUUCCGACAUGUGGAUCUGCGGUCGGCCCUCGGGUCCGCCCCCGCCCUAUGAAGUCGCCAUUUUGAUGCCCUCCUCCCCUCCAUGUCCCAUUGCUCACGUGUAA